AGUUUCCCAGGAUAGCUGCGGGAGUCGGAGGCUGCGGGGCGGGGAGAGCGUGGCCCAGAGUACCGGGGCGUACACCGAUCAUCUGGAGACCUGAGUCCGGGACGUGCGCUUCAUUUCUGGGACUUUAUAAAAGACAAACCUGCUUCCACUAAAGCGGCGGCGGAACCUCGGGAGUGUCCCCGGAAAGGAGAGCCUUUAGACCGGUGCCAUGGAGGAUGGGAAGCCGGUGUGGGCGCCCCACCCAACGGAUGGGUUCCAGCUGGGAACCAUCGUGGACAUCGGAGCCGACAGCCUCACCAUCGAACCCAUCAAACAGAAGGGAAAGACUUUUCUAGCUCCCAUCAACCAAGUCUUCCCAGCAGAGGACGACAUCAACAAGCAUGUGGAGGACAACUGUUCGUUGAUGUACUUGAAUGAAGCGACGCUGCUCAACAACAUCCGCGUCAGAUACAGCAAAGACAAAAUAUAUACGUUCGUAGCCAACAUCCUGAUCGCCAUCAACCCGUACUUUGACCUCCCAAAGCUUUACUCAGCAGAGUCCAUUAAGAAGUACCGGGGCCGCUCUCUGGGGACGCUGCCGCCUCACGUCUACGCCAUCGCUGAUAAGGCGUACAGGGACAUGAGGGUCCUGAAGAUGAGCCAGUCCAUCAUCGUCUCAGGGGAAUCUGGAGCCGGAAAGACAGAAAACACCAAGUUUGUCCUCAGAUACUUGACGACCUCCUACGGGACGGGUCAGGACAUCGACGAGAGGAUCGUGGAAGCGAAUCCCCUACUGGAGGCUUUCGGAAACGCCAAGACCGUACGCAACAACAACAGCAGCCGCUUCGGAAAGUUUGUGGAGAUCCACUUCAACGAGAAGAACGCUGUCGUCGGAGGCUUCGUGUCCCACUACCUGCUGGAGAAGUCCAGGAUCUGCCGACAGAGCCAGGAGGAGAGGAACUACCACAUCUUCUACCGGCUGUGCGCCGGGGCGCCCGAGGACAUCCGGCAGAAGUUCCACCUCAGCUCUCCGGACACGUUCAGGUACCUGAACAGAGGAUGCACUCGGUACUUCGCCACCAAAGACACAGACAAAAACAUCAUGCAGAACCGCAAGAGCCCGGAGCACACCAAGUCAGGCCCUCUGAAGGACCCCCUGCUGGACGACCACGGAGACUUCAACCGGAUGUCCGUGGCCAUGAAGAAGAUCGGCCUGGACGACACAGAGAAGCUGGAUCUGUUCAGGGUGGUGGCCGGAGUCCUGCACCUGGGAAACAUCGACUUUGAGGAGGCUGGGAGCACGUCAGGUGGAUGCGCCAUCAAGAACCAGUCGAGUAAAACAGUGGAGCACUGCGCCGAGCUGCUGGGCCUGGGGGAGGAGGACCUGAGGGUCAGCCUCACCUCCAGAGUCAUGCUCACAACGGCAGGGGGCACCAAAGGCACAGUCAUCAAAGUGCCGCUGAAGGUGGAGCAGGCCAACAACGCUCGGGACGCGUUGGCGAAGGCCGUGUACAGCCGCCUGUUCGACCACGUGGUGACCAGAGUCAACCAGUGCUUCCCCUUCGACUCCUCCGCCAACUUCAUUGGCGUCCUGGACAUCGCCGGCUUCGAAUACUUUGAGCACAACAGCUUCGAGCAAUUCUGCAUCAACUACUGUAACGAGAAACUGCAGCAGUUCUUCAACGAGCGCAUCCUGAAAGAGGAGCAAGAGUUGUACCAGAGGGAGGGGCUCGGAGUCAAUGAGGUUCACUACGUCGACAACCAGGACUGUAUAGACCUGGUGGAGGCGAAGCUGGUCGGUAUCCUGGACAUCCUGGACGAAGAGAACCGUCUACCUCAGCCCAGCGACCAGCACUUCACCGACACCGUGCACAACAAACACAAGAACCACUUCCGUCUGACUAUACCCAGGAAGUCUAAGCUGGCGGUCCACCGGAACGUGAGGGACGAUGAAGGAUUUAUUAUCAGGCACUUUGCAGGAGCCGUGUGCUAUGAGACGACCAAGUUUGUGGAGAAGAACAAUGACGCCCUGCACAUGUCCCUGGCGUGUCUGGUCAGCGAGUCCAAGGACCGGUUCGUCCGUGAGCUGUUUGAAAACUCCAACAACAGUAAGGACGUCAAGCAGAAGGCCGGAAAGCUCAGCUUCAUCAGCGUCGGCAACAAGUUUAAGACCCAGCUGAACAUCCUCCUGGAAAAGCUCCGGAGCACGGGCUCCAGCUUCAUCCGCUGCAUUAAGCCCAACCUGAAGAUGGUCAGCCACCAUUUUGAAGGCGCUCAGAUUCUCUCCCAGCUCCAGUGCUCUGGCAUGGUGUCGGUGCUGGACCUGAUGCAGGGCGGCUUCCCCUCCAGAGCUCCCUUCCACGAACUCUACAACAUGUACCAGAAGUACAUGCCUCCCAAACUGACCCGCCUCGACCCCCGCCUCUUCUGCAAGGCUCUGUUCAAAGCCCUCGGACUCAAUGAGAACGACUACAAGUUCGGUUUGACCAGAGUGUUUUUCCGUCCUGGGAAGUUCGCAGAGUUCGACCAGAUCAUGAAGUCGGACCCAGAGCAUCUGGCAGAGCUGGUGAAGAAGGUCAACAAGUGGCUCAUCCACAGCCGCUGGAAGAAGGUCCAGUGGUGCUCUCUGUCCGUCAUCAAACUGAAGAACAAGAUCUUGUAUCGAACCACCGCCUGUGUCAUGAUGCAGAAGACGGUUCGGAUGUGGCUCUGCAGGAAGAAGCACAAACCUCGUAUCGAUGGGCUGGUGAAGGUGAGUCACCUGAAGAAGAGAAUGGCCAAAUUCACGGAGGUGGUGGCCGGGCUGAAGGAGGGAAAGAAGGAGAUGAGCAAACAGGUCCAGGAUCUGGAGGCUUCCAUCAACGCCCUGGUGCUCAAGAUCAAGACCACCAACAUGACCCGGCUGGAGAUCGACCACGAGUACAAGGCCCUGGUGACGCGGUCGGAGAAGGUGCUGACCGCCAUGCAGAACAAGAAGAAGGAGGAGGAGGAGCGCGAGAGGCUGCGACGCAUCCAGGAGGAGAUGGAGAAGGAGAAGAAGAGGAGGGAGGAGGAGGAGCAGCGCCGCAAACAGGAGGCGGAGGACAGGCGGCUGAAAGCAGAGAUGGAGGUGAAGAGGAAGCAAGAAGAGGAGGAGAGGAAGAGGAUGGAGGAAGAGGAGAGGAGGAUUCAGGCGGAGAUGGAGCUGCAGCUGGAGGCUGAGCGGGAGCAGGAGGCAGCUCGACAGGCCGUCCUGGAGCAGGAGAGGAGGGACCGCGAGCUGGCGAUGAGGAUCGCCCAGAGCGAGUCUGAGCUCAUCCCAGAGGAGGCGCUGAACGACGGCCUGCGCAGUAACGGCUCCUCAGUUCCAUCGUCCCCAGAGAGAGCAGCCGCUCCUGCAUCCACAAAGCUCAAGAGCUUGACCAUGGAGGAAAUGGCCAAGGAAAUGACUGAACUUCUGGCUCGAGGUCCUCAGGUCCAGGCCUCCAAGGCGGCCGCUGGCGCCAAGAAGUACGAGCUGAGCAAGUGGAAGUACGCCGAGCUCCGGGACGCCAUCAAUACCUCAUGUGACAUCGAGCUGCUGGCCGCCUGCAGGGAGGAGUUCCACCGCCGGCUCAAAGUUUAUCACGCCUGGAAGUCCAGGAACAAGAAGAGGAACACGGAGACAGAGCAGCGAGCGCCCAAAUAUGUCACCGACUACGAUCAUGCGCCCCCCGUGAGAACAGCAUCCCAGCAGAACCCAGCCCCGCCCAUCCCGGCCCGGCAGUAUGAGGUGGCGAUGAACCGACAGCAGCGCUACUUCCGCAUCCCGUUCAUCCGGCCGAACGACCAGUACAAAGACCCCCAGAACAAGAAGAAGGGCUGGUGGUACGCCCACUUCGACGGGCCCUGGAUCGCCCGGCAGAUGGAGCUUCACCCAGAAAAACAACCCAUUCUCCUGGUGGCAGGGAAGGACGACAUGGAGAUGUGCGAGCUGAGUCUGGAGGAGACGGGCCUGUCGAGGAAGAGGGGCGCCGAGAUCCUCCCCCGCCAGUUCGAGGAGAUCUGGGAGCGCUGCGGCGGCGUCCAAUACUUGCGCAGCGCCAUCGAGAGCCGACAGGCGCGACCCACCUACGCCACGGCCAUGCUGCAGAGCAAGCUCAAGUGACGUGGUGGACGUGGUGGAUGGAGGUGGAGGGGGGGGGGGUGUGGAGUGGCCUCACGCCGCAAACAAAGGGACGAAUGCACCAGCUACCUGACUGGGACGGCUUCCCAGCGCACCAGGUCCUGACUGGGGGGCGUUUUCUUUCUCUGCUGUCCUUUCGUCUUCUGUUGAUUUGUUUUUUUUUUUUUUUUUUUUGUUCUUUGCUGGCUUUCAGUCUGCGACGGGGGGAAGAGGGGGUGGGCAUUGCAUUGAACCCUAUGCAGAAAAAAAAAUCCUACUAAAUGAUCACAUCUGGUUGUUUUCUGUAACAUUUCUGCAAGUCUAACUAUGAGGCCUUAACACUACUUUAACAGGGUUUAAUCGCCGAAAAGUAGGACUUUUAUUUCAUUUGGUUUUGUUUUUGUUGGUUGGUUGGACGCUGCCUCCCUGAACCAGAAAAAUUCCUAAACUGUAAUUAUGCAUUCCUGAUGAUUAUACUGAAGUCUCACUGGUGUGUCGCUUCCAUCUUAACAGCUAGCUGGUGAACCCUCCGACUUCAACCCUGCUGUUUACAUUGUCUUCAUGUGGUUCUUACAGGGCAACAGAAAACUUGCACAAGUAGUUCUCAGCGUGAGGCAGUGCUGCAUGACUGUCAGAUUAUUCCACUCCUAAUUAAGUCCUUUUUUUAUUUCUACUUUCUUUACCUUUUGUCUUUCCAAGCGAAUGUAACUGGAGACCUCAUUGAUUUGCUCAUGCAGUGAUUCCUCUUGUUCUUCUCAUUAUGUGUGGUUUUUGAAUUAAGGGUCCAGAAACCUUUGAGACCAAACGUCACUCCGUGAUUAGAUUCUGUCAGAAAAUGCAGAAAAUGUGAAUUAAUUAUGCAACUGCUGAGAUGAACAGCUCGGCCGUGUCAUUUUUGAACUCUUUGAAUUUGAUCUUCUUUGCCAACGAAGUGAUUCCCAAGGUACGUUCAUGUAUUUUUUUCACUGACCAAAAAAAAAAAAAAAAAAAUAACAAUAAUAAAUCCACCGUUUGAUUCCAGGACGUUUUAUUUUCUUCCUGCUGUGUGUGAGAAGCUCCUCGAUUGUCGGCUCGAACUGAACUGGAACGUUUUCUAUAGGGCGCGUGCGGCCUACGGUUUGUUUUGGAGAGAAAACCUUGUGAACUUCGGUGGCUCUGAUGCACCAGACCAUAACUAGAAGCAAUAAAUCGCUAUAGAGAAAGAAAGAAAAGCAGAUUUUCUCGGCCGUGUACGUAAAAAAAAAAAACUACAGACAAUCUGUCGUGAGCUCACGCUGCGUUAUUCUCCUUUUCUGUUCCCUCAGAUUGUCUGAAUGCUUUAAGAUCUGUUGGUGCACGAAGCCCCUUUUACCAUCGGCAUUAACGCGCUGACACAGAGGUUUGAAAUCUGGCUGCAAAGAAGCGAUGUUGAAUUCAAUUUACAGCAGUUUGAAAUGUUCCUUCCUCCGAGCUUCAGACCGGAUGAUGUUGAUCGAUUCGGCUCCACUGAAUUCGGUCGUUGGCCGUGGGCAGAAGAUGAAGCUUCACACAGUUGUUGUAGGGUUUCGAACUGAAGACCAGCUCCGCCUUGUCCAUCUGUAAUGGUGCGUUCACUUUGUUCUCAGAAGUCGGAGUUCCCAACUAUCACGUCCCCGUAGUCGUUUUUUCUCCUCAGAAAGUCGUAGAAUCCUCCCUACCCUCGAGUUGAGUUUCCAAGAUGGCCGCCCCCUGUGUAAACAAUCCUUUUAUUAGCUUCUGAUUAGUUGUUGUUUAUUAAACCGGUCGUACAUACAGGAUUUUCACACAUACAUGUGUUGAAAUGCUGUUAAUUAACUAAAACUACAAGCCUCAUGUCGCGCUAACAACGGCUAAAAACAUUAGCCUGGUAAAACCAGAACAGAGACAAACACCAUCGUGGUAAACUGGGAUCAAUAGUUCAACAAUUAAAAAGUUUCUGAUUCGUGUUGUCUUGUAGAUUUCAUCACUUUAAAUAAUUCUAGUAAAAAAAACUCAUGAGUUGGUUCAAGUUACCUGUUCUGAUUAGAAUUUGUGUAUCUUAAAUAGGCUAAAUUCAGUUUAACAUUAUAGAAAUAAUAUUAGUUAUUUUACAAAAUGUGAAUAUUGAACAAACCAGGUUUCCACCAAGUUAUAUCGGGACAAGGCGAGAGCUUCCAUGGAGGCGGCCAUCUUGUUUUCUGUCUUCUGUUACUGUAACGCUGAUAACUCAGGUGUGACGUCGUUCCCAGCGCCGACCUCUGACCCCUGAGGUAAAUGAACGCACCAUAAAACCAUUCAGGUCUAUGCAAUAAUGGGACAAACUGGAAGAGUAACAACGACGUGGUCACUCCUGCAUCUGAGCCCAGUUUACAUGAAAGAAAAUAGCGUUAAGGCUCCAAGCCGCCGCCGCCGUCGUCCUGGUGGAUCUGGGUGAUGUUAAACAUGUUUACAGCCGGGUACAAAACAUGAUUUUGGUCUCAAUAGCUGUAAUAAUUAACAACUGUAUGGGAGUUUUUCUAACUCAUUUGUUUAUUUUUUCUUAUCAUUUAAAAUUCUGCAUAAUUAAUUCCCCCAUGUCCAUAUUUGGAGUGUCUGAGUGUGGGCGGAGUAAAGCUCAUCCAACAUGGUGACUGCAGGCUCCGCCCACUCCGGGCUUCAUUUUCGAGCUUCUGAAUCCAACGGGUUUGUCUUAGUAUAAACGUUCAGUGGUUCCUACAUGUUCCUCCUCGUUCUGUAGCGACGUCGCUCUUAAAGCUCUUAGUUUCAGAGCUGGAGCUGAUAAAUGUUGGAGAGAAGAUGGUUUGUCGGAGGCUGACGGAGGAAAGAAUGACGCGUGACCACUGAGAUUAGACGACGUAUUUCAGACCAAUCAGAGCGCGUUGCUGCAGCUCAUCUCCGGCUGCUGUCAGAGGGAAGAACAUUUCAAACGUAGCUUGAAUCCUUCUGGUGGAGGUUAAAGUGUCUGUGUGCAGGUUAAAGCCGAGCGUUCAAACCCCAUCGCUGGCCUCUAACUUCCAGCAGCAUCGACCCUGAAAAUGUUUCCCAGAAGAAGCAGGAAGGUUCCUGAAGCCGCUACAAUCAUUCCUCCGGGGAGCACUGCCUUCUGUCCGCUGUCAUUUUUUUCUAACGCUGAUCUCUCUAACGGAUGAAUAAAUGCAUUCCAUGUUUCA